CACUCGCUCGAUGCCCCGCCCUUCAACCCGGAGCACUCUCAACCGCUGUUCCGUCAUGGCAUUCGGCAAGGUGCCCUGGAUUCUUGCGGCUUUUUGGUUGCACCUGCUCCCGUACCAGCCUGCCUUCGGCACUCUCGUCUCCAUCACCGAUCCGACCUUCAUCCAGGAUUGCGUGGACCAGCACAACAAGUUUCGGGGGGAAGUGGCACCGCCGGCCAAAGAGAUGUUCGCGAUGACGUGGGAUGAAGCACUUGCUAAAUCCGCAAAAGCAUGGUCAAAAACGUGCCUGUUCAAGCAUAAUCCAAACCUGCAAAAGAAGGGAGCAGUGCAUCCCACCUUCUUUCCUGUAGGAGAAAACAUUUUUAUUUCCACAGGCAGUUUCAAUGCCAAGAAUGCUAUUAAACGAUGGUAUGCUGAAGUGGCUGACUAUGAUUACAGUACAAACAGCUGUAAACCAAAAAAAGCAUGUGGACAUUACACACAGGUCGUAUGGGCAAAAUCUUAUAAAGUUGGAUGUGCAGUUUCUGAUUGUCCCAAAGGAAUUAAAUCUUCUGGAUUUAAAGGACCGGGUUUAGUUUUUGUCUGUAACUAUGCACCAGCUGGAAAUUAUAUUGGGGCCUUACCAUAUUCGUCAGGUACUUCUUGUGGAUCAUGCCCUAACAAUUGUCGUGACAAAUUAUGCAGAGACGUAAAGCGGGAUGCUAUCAGAAAAUACCCUAACUGGAAUCCAAACUUCGGAUCAGCCUCCAUUUUCUCCUGUAACCAGCUGCUGCUAUUUACCUCUAUUAUUAUGAUGUAUGUUCUGCAGUAAUUGCCUAAAUUUCAGGGAUUUUAUUUAACCCUGAUUUAGGCUGAGUGGAUAUAAAGUUCUGUGUUGCAUAUUCUCAUUGUCGCUUUCUGUCCAACAGAUUCACAAGUAAUGAUUUCAUUGCAGUUUUCUGGUCAAUUUCCAAGCUGGAAUACCUGCCUUUUGCAAAGCUUUCUGUGUAGUGGACGACUUGAGUAAGAGAGACUAUUUGAAUGAUAGGCAGAACUAUUCAGAGGUGUUUCUAUAAAUUUAAUGACCUUUAUCUGCUCAAUUGUUUUGAGUUGCCCAGAGCAGUCAAGAACUUUCUUACUUUGAAUAAUUAGUAUUUAGCUCGCUAAGUCAGAAUCUCUUCCUAAACAUAUUUCAAAUGUAUCACUGUUUUGUGGUGGAUAAAGUUUGUUAAAUAUUCUUGUAAACCCAAGUUGUACUAUAAGGAA